CUGGUAUAUUUGCAAGUAAAUACUUUCCAUAAGAGCACAUGUUAAAAUCGAUGUCAGCACUGCUAUCCCCUCCAUCCAUCACAUGCACACAGCACGCUGCGAAUAGCCUAUACACAAAUAUGGUAUAGCUAAUAGCAACCUUUACUAUAAAAUCACAGCUAGUUGUGUGUAACAGGUGGUUGUGGAAAUACUUGUUUUUUUAAUUUUUACCAUUUUAUAAUAAACAAAAAAAUUUGUCCGUUCAAUCAUGGACGAGGAUCAAUUCAUGGAGCUUCCAGAUGAAGCUUUGCAAACAACAAAAGCCCGUAUUCUCUGCUGUGAAUGUGCUACGCCGAUUGAGCCGAAUCCCACCAACACGUGCGUUGGCUGUUUACGUUCAAGAGUUGAUUUAAGCGAAGAUAUUCCGAAAAGUGCUACUCUUUACUUUUGUCGCAACUGCGAACGUUAUUUGGUGCCACCGGGUGAAUGGAUCAAGGCAGCUUUGGAAUCUCGAGAGCUGUUGCAACUUUGCUUGAAGAGAUUAAAAAAUUUGCAAAAGGUAAAGCUCGUAGACGCCAGCUUUCUCUGGACGGAACCCCACUCCAAAAGAAUCAAAGUACAGCUAACAAUACACGGUACUAUUCUGAACGCGACCUUAGAGCAAGUAUUCAUUGUUGAGUAUGUUGUGGCAAACCAAAUGUGCGAUGAUUGCCACAGAACAGAAGCUAAGGACUUCUGGAAUGCAUCUGUUCAGGUCAGACAGAAAUCCAUCAAUCGCAAGACUUUUUAUUAUUUAGAACAGUUGAUUUUGAAGCAUAAAGCUCAUGAAAAUGCUGUUUCUAUCAAACCUAAUGCCGAUGGCUUGGAUUUCUUUUUUAUGAAAGAAUCAGCAGCAAGAAAAUUAACUGAUUUUAUCAUUUCUGUUUUGCCAUGCAAAUAUCAACACUCAAAAAAAUUGAUUUCCCAUGAUUGUCACAGCAAUGUUUAUAAUUACAAAUUUACAUUUAGUAUAGAAUUGGUGCCUUUAUCAAAAGACAGUGUAAUUUGUUUACCAAAGAAUUUGACCCAUCAAUUAGGAGGAAUAACUUCUGUAUGUGUAGUGCAUAAAGUUUCUUGUAGUAUUCACCUUAUAGAUGUGUCAUCAGGACAAGUUGCAGAUGUAAGUGCCAAUGUCUAUUGGAGAUAUCCCUUCAAUAGUAUAUGUAAUCCCAAACAGUUAAAAGAAUACACAGUUAUGGAUAUUGAACCAAUAUGUGAAAAAGAAAUUAAAAAAUUUCCUGGACAAGGACAUAUUUCCAAGAAACAUGUUAUUGCUGAUGCAUGGGUAGUAAAAACUGAAGAUGUAGGAUUGACACAAAAUCUUAUUCAUACAAGAACUCAUUUAGGUGGAAUACUCAAGCUCGGAGACUUAGUUCUUGGCUAUGCUUUGGGAGAAAUGAAUGUAAAUGAUCCGAACUUUGAAAAGCUCAAUCAAGAUACUGUACCAAAUGUUAUUCUUGUAAAGAAAUUCUAUGGUCACAAUAAAUCUGCUAGGCGAAGAGCUAGACAGUGGAAGUUAAAGCAUAUUGCAGAUGACAUGGAUAUUGGUUCUGAAAAUAAUGACUAUAAUGAAUUUUUGGAUGAGCUUGAGGAAGAUCCUGAAAUGCGAUCAAAUAUUAAUAUUUAUAAAGAUAAAAAUAAAAUUAUACCAGUUGAUACAAGCUGUAUUGAUCCAUGUAUGCCACAGAUUACCCUUGAAGAAAUGCUUGAUGAUUUAGUCAUUAAAGAUGUUGAUAUGACAGAGGAUUAAAUAAAAGUUCUUAGUCAAUCCUAUAAUAAUUAUUUUUCUUUUUUAUCAACAAUAACUGAUGUUAUGAAAAUAUUAUAAAAAUAAGAUAUUUAUUACUG